GUGAAAUUGAGCAUUUUGAAGAGUCUCAAGAGCACAAAUGGAAGAUCUGAACACCCUGGGGAUCAAGCGGAGCACAAGGAAGCAAGAAACAAAGAUAUUAGAGGUGUUUCGGUGGAAGCAGCCUCCGGAACGCCAUAUGGAACGACGUCCCGCCCAACGCUCCCCUGUUUUGUACCACCAGAUUUUCAAUUUAAUGUCCCAGGUGUUGAACGCUGGCAGGGCACGGCGUUCCUAUAAGCGUUCCCUCCUCCCUAUUGAUCGAGAGAAGUUGAAGAGCUUUAAUGAUGAAUCGUUGUGGCAGCACGGGAUGCAUGACGUUGCCAGGGGCUCCACUUUCCUACUGGAAUACGGCCAUCGGAUGCGCUCCGAGGCCCGAAAACUGAGGACGCUGGAUCAGGAGCGCGUAGCCCUUGAGGACA